AGCAGAUCUGGAGAGGAACUAGGGAUGGGACUGAGGGCUGGACCUGAGCGGCCGCGCUAAAGUGGAGGUGCUAAGGUUAAAGUGGGACAAAGAGGGAGGGGCCCGCGAGGAGCUGGGAGGCCCCGGAUGAAGAGCGCGGCUGAAGCUCAGACCUGGGCUAAGACAUCUCAGCCUAGAGCGGCGGGGGGAGGGGGGCGACUGGGCAAGCAUGAGGCGGAGUUAAGGGCUGGACUGGGGCGAAGCUGAGACUGGGUUUUACGGAUGGUCUCAGCCAAGCUGAAGUUCAGGGUUGGACUUCUGCGAGGGAGUCUUGUAGAGACAAAGUGGGCUGAGAGCGAUGUGGGUCAGGACGACAGUGAGGAUUGAAAGGUGGACUAAGGAAAAGACUGAGGACGAUGCCAGCUCGUGGGACGAGAGCAGCACUGAUAUAAGCAGGUUACCCGGCUGGGACAGAGGACAUCUGCUGGCUAGCGUGGCGUCUAGCACUGAUGCGUCUACCUUCUCCUCUGAAGGUGAAUUCAAGGACACUGAGAGGUGCUGCUGGAAACACAAGUGCACCGGGCACAUCAUCCAUCCCUUCACCUCUGACUACGGCCACCAGGACCUGCACCUGCACUCUGCCAGCCACUGCGACUGUGAUUCCCGGCUAAAGGACUGCUCAGAGAAGACAAGUAGCAGCUCCCAUGAUGUGGGCCCAACCUGCUCCCGUGAUGUGGGCUCAGCCUGUUUCAACAUCAUCCAGUCCCCUUGCUUUGAGCUCAUCCCAGAGGACGAGUGUGUGGAACGGUUUUGGUAUGGCUGGUGCAAAAGCUACAGGCCUGUCUCCGUGGCUGUGAUCCAUCAUCCCAUCCACCAUGAGUGUGGGGUAGAUGACCUAAACGAAGAAGAGGAAGAGGAGGAGGAGGAGGAGGAGGAGGAAGAAAGCAAGCCCCCCAUCCCAACCCAGGUGGGGCCCACCACCACAGCCACUGACACAGGUAUGGUCAUGGUCACGGGUACCCCGGACUCAGCAGCUCCCAUCACCAUCUGGCGCUCUGAAAGCCCCACAGGCAAGUCCCAGGGCAACAAGGUGAUCAAGAAGGUCAAGAAGAAAAAGGAAAAAGAGAAAGACAAGGAGGAGGAGACGGAUGAAAAAGCAAAGCUGAAGAAAAAAGUCAAGAAAGGCAAGUUGACUAAGAAGAAAAGCCCCGUUAAAUCGGAAUCACCUCCAAACUUGAGCCGAUCAUUAAGCCCAAGAGAGUUGGCCAGGAUGUCAGAGUCCAGCCCGGACAGCCGGCAAGACCUGGAGAGUGAGGACAGUUACAAGGACCCUGGGCGGGAGGAACCCUCCAGUGAGGAUACUGUGGAGUCUUCAUCGCCCAGGAAAAGAGAGAAGAACACAGUCCAGGCUAAGAAGCUGGGGACGAAGACCUCACCGGUCAAGAAGGUCAACAAGAGGAAAUCUCCCCCAGCAUCCAACCCCAAUCUCAGUUGAGGCCAGGGAGACCAGGGUGAAGAAUAAAUGCCAUCAAGCCUUA